AUGGCCAUGCGCGGGCCUAACAUCUUUGCGCAUCGCGCGUGGGACAGCUUGGGGAAUGGAGCCCUGUUCACCCAGAGAAUACGGAGAUGCGCCGUGCAGAACUGGGGCACGCGGAUGCCCGCGAGCACGAUCGGGCUCAGGGAGCGACAAGCAGCGAGCCUAACACUUCAACUACGAUGCUGCUAUACUGGCGGGACGUCCAUCAGACCGACAACAGCUCUUCUAAGGCAAUCCUUCGUAGGCAACAUUGCGCAGCGGCGAGUAUUGCAGACCUCACAAAACUUGCAUAGGCAGGUCACUGCGCAGACUGCACAGGCACUGGGAAACAAGGAGACAUCGUAUCGGGCCCAGAUCAAGCGUUCAACCGAUCCCGCCGACGUUGAAGAGGAGGAUGAGUCGCAGACGUUCAAGAAAUCCGACAAGGCAGCCAAAGCCUCUCAGGUAAAUCUUAGUGCCAGGCUUUCCAAUGCUGGACAAGAAGGCGAGGGAGCGUCAGCUGGUGGUUGGAAGGAGAUUGCUCGGCUACUGGGCAUUGCGCGACCAGAGGCCUGGACACUGGGAGCAGCCAUUGUGCUCUUGCUCAUCAGUAGUAGCGUCACCAUGACUCUGCCCUUCAGUAUUGGCAAGAUCAUUGAUGCUGCAUCGAGUGAGGAGGGACUACUCCUGGGACUGAAGCCGGAAACGUUCUUCAUCGGACUGGCAUCUUUGUUGACGGCUGGCGCGUGUGCAAACUACGGACGUAUCGUGCUCCUCCGAAUCGUGGGAGAGCGCAUUGUCACCAAGCUCCGGAGCAGCCUAUUUAGGCGCACUUUCCAGCAGAAUGCCGAAUUCUUCGAUGCCAAUCGUGUGGGUGACCUCAUCAGCAGACUGGGAAGCGACACGAUCAUCGUGGGCAAGAGCAUAACGCAGAAUGUGUCGGAUGGACUACGCUCGUUGAUCUCUGCCGCUGCCGGCCUCUCGCUGAUGGCGUAUGUCAGUGUCAAGUUGACAGGCCUUCUGGCUAUCGCCAUCCCGCCGGUAGCCAUGACAGCUUUCUUCUAUGGACGUGCCAUCCGGAGCCUGUCCCGAAAGAUCCAAAAGAAUCUGGGCACACUCACAAGGAUCGCCGAAGAGAGACUUGGCAAUGUUAGGACAAGCCAAGCAUUUGCUGGCGAGUUGCAAGAGGUGCACAGAUACAACGGCCAGGUUCGCAAGCUGUUCGCACUCGGCAAGAAGGAGGCAUUCAUCAGCGCAGCUUUCUUCUCAUCGUCUGGCUUCAUGGGAAACAUGACAUUCUUGAUGCUACUCUACGUAGGAGGCAACAUGGUAAGGGAUGGCACUAUCACUGUGGGCGACCUUUCGACAUUCCUGAUGUACACUGGGUACGCCGGAAGCAGUCUAUUCGGUCUUUCUAGCUUCUUCUCCGAGCUGAUGAAGGGAGCUGGAGCUGCGAGCAGACUUUUCGAACUGCAGGACCGGUCCCCAACCAUCUCGCCUACCAAGGGAGACAUGGUGAAGAGCGCUCGCGGAAUGAUUGAGCUCAAGGAUGUCUCGUUCGCUUACCCAACGCGGCCUGCUGUCCAAAUCUUCAACGAUCUGUCUUUUAAGAUUCCCCAAGGCAGUAAUGUUGCUAUCGUAGCUCCAUCUGGAGCUGGUAAGUCUACUGUAGCAAGUCUGCUAAUGCGCUUCUACACACCGGACAAGGGCGUCAUCACGAUAGCUGGCAAGGAUAUCAACACCAUGAACGCCAAACAGCUACGCAGAAAGAUUGGAUUUGUUGGUCAAGAGCCUGUUCUCUUCUCUGGAUCGAUUGCCGAAAAUAUCGCCUAUGGACGACCUCUUGCUUCGCGGGCUGAAAUUGUUACCGCUGCACGUCAGGCAAAUUGUCAGUUCAUUGGUGACUUCGUGAGUACUUCGAUAGCCCAUGAGGCGACGCGAGCUAACAACGGUACCUAGCCUGACGGUCUCGAGACAUUUGUGGGUGCUCGAGGUACUCAGCUGUCGGGAGGCCAAAAGCAACGUCUUGCAAUUGCUCGCGCGUUGUUGAAGAAUCCAGACAUUCUGAUCUUGGACGAAGCAACAUCCGCUCUUGACGCAGAGUCGGAGACGCUUGUGAAUCAGGCGCUGCAAGCCCUACUACGAAGUGAUAAUACGACCAUUUCCAUUGCGCAUCGCCUCUCGACAAUCCAACGCAGCGACACCAUUAUAUGCCUAAACUCCGAAGGCAGAGUCGCCCAAACAGGGACCUAUGCCGAGCUCUCCGCCGACAAAGAGGGUGCUUUCUCCAAACUUAUGGAAUGGCAAAUGAGUGGUGGCCAAACGCCGGUGUCACGACGAGACCAAACAGCAGAAGACGAUAGUCUCACAGAGGAGGAAAGAAUGCGGAUCCGAAUGGAAGAACACGACAAAAAUGACGGCGAUGCCGCUUCUGCGCCCUCAGAGGAGGAAACGCAGUGGGAAGCCGUGAAGGUGAAGGAUGGUAAUCAGAGCGCCGCGGAGAGCGUCAUGGAGAAGACCGGGAUGCGGGAUGGGGGAGUCUCCAAUCGAAAGGGAUAUAGAGGAUCAUGA